AUGCAAAUCGACUACGACCUAGAAGGCAUAGGCGAAGUUUGGAGUGACGUAACUAUCUACCAUCAUUUACAAGAUCUUUUCGAACCGCUUAAAUUAUUGGAGAGAAGGAAACAAGCAAGCAGGAGCCUAGUAGCCCGCCGAAUGCCAACUUUCUGUCUACCAAAAGGUUUAGAGAUUAAGACAACCAUAAUCCAUCAAAGAUUUUUGUGGUGA